AUGGCCCCGGCAUUCCGUGACAAAGGAGAGGCAGAUAUCAGCUUUGCUGCUCCCAUCGAGUGUCCCGAAUUGGGGUUUUCUCAAGACGAUACCAGCUUGGCCUUGUCUUCAGCCUUUGCAUGUGUUGCGCAGAAUGAUCCAGUUUUUUCCGUUUGUCCUGAUUACCGAGACUCUAGCUUAUCAUUCCAUCCAUGGUAUGAUGCUUGCGCACAUGAAAGCACUACCGGUUGUUAUGGGUACUGUUCUAGGCUGGCCUCAUUCAACCUGCCUCCACCACCACCACCACCAUCAUCUGCUGACUUUGUCAUUGGGCUUAAUCUUUUGGCGACAGUCAGCUUGACAGGAUCUCAGAACCUUGACUCUUCCAACACAUGGCAAGCUGGUACGGUCAAUAGGCAAAUUGAGAUGGAAUUUGUGCCACACCACAAUAAGCAAGAGCCCUUUUACGCCAUUCACAGCGUGGCAGAGCCUUCGCUUACAGGUUUUGCAGAUGUCUGGUCCAGCAUGCCCCAGCAGCAAAAGUUCGAAUGCAGUCAUCCUGGAUGCAGAUGCUACUUUAGGUGUCGAAAGUCCUUUUCCCGCCAUCUGAAUAGUCACUCGGAAGUCAAACCCCAUGUCUGUUGGGUCCCUGAUUGCCACCGCAAAUUUUCUCGUCGCGAUAAUCUCAACGCUCAUUACUUGACACACGGAAAACACAAUGGACGAAACCGCUAUGUGGCCACUAUGGACCUGGCGAAUCCAAAGUAUGAUCCUGCCUUCAGUGGUCAAUUGACAACUGAUGGCUGGCCUAUUGAGUCACCAGCCGGCCAUGUUCUCCGCGAAAACGAAUUGAGUUCACAAUGA